UUUUCAGAUAUCACACUUUUGACCAAACUUCUCAGGAAGCAGAUAGGCUAACAAAAUACCUCCAUGGUCAUGAUUCUACGCAAAUUUCUUCUGCUCUAUUGCUUUGGACAUUGCCUUGCAGAUGAAGCACUUAGGCCACCGGAUAUUCAUACUCCUAACAGUUCUAAGACCAUCUUCAAAUCACUGAAUCAAAGAUUUUCUGUUGUAUGCAAUGCUACGGGGUUACCAUCACCAAGAGUGGAGUGGAGGAAGGGAGAGAUAGAAGGCAACAACACUAUUACUGGCAAUAUCUCUUUUGAUCCCUAUACUGGCGUGUUGACUUUUGAAAGAUUUUCUGAGAAUGAGGAAGGAGAAUACAGGUGUUUUUCUACCAAUUAUUUUAAAGCUCCAGAAGGACGUACUUUUGCUGUCAGUAUUUCUCCCCCUCUGACAUUUAGAGUGAUGCGACUUGAAGAGAUUGAAACAGGGCUUGAAACUAUGCCAUUGAAUGGUAUCGAGUAUCAAUACAUGAAAUUGCCUUGUACUAAUGUGAAAGUCAUGGCUGAAAGUGUGAUAUAUAACUGGUAUAAAGGAAAAGAACCCAUGCCGAUGAUUUUGGAUGAUCGAAUGUAUAUUGAUAAAGAUGAUAAACCUAUCUUCAGGGAGAAUCAAGGCCCCAAAGAUGCUACGGUAAUAGAAGGUAAAGAUGUGGAAAUGCACUGCCUGGCAAGAUCUCUUACAGAUGAGGUCUCACCUUCCCCUCCUGUUUGGCGGAUCAAUGGGAAAAGCAUUUUGAUUCACACCUAG